CAAAAUUUCAAAACCUUCCUCCUCCAAAUCUCCGCUCCUUCCUACCUUGGGUCAUUGGUUUUUCUAGACACAGCGAGCCACCAUAGAGAGACGCUGCGUCGAAUCCGCACCAGUCUCGGGCUCAAAAUCCUGAUAGAGUCUCUUACGCACCAACCACACCGAUACCCUAUCUUAGCGCGUCCCGCUCAGAAAAUUCAUCCCACCCACCUUCGCCGUCGGUUCCCCUUCUUCCUUUCUUUUACAACAUGCCCGCGAUCACAGAAGCAUCUGCCUCAACCGCCAGCAUGUCUUCCAAGGAGAAUAAAAACAGCCAGAAGGUUCUUGAUGAACUGAUGACAAAGUUAUGGAUCUCUAAGGCGCAGGAGGACAUCAAUUCCGCCACCCACAACAUCGCAACCUUCAUCAACGGCGAUAUCGAAGAGGGCGACACUCCAGUCAAGACCGUCCAAUCCCUCAAGAAGCAACUCGGCAACAAGAAGGAUGCCAACGUCCGGGAGCGAUCUCUCAACGCCAUCCAGGCCAUCGCUGAACAUGCCGAAACUUCCGCCUCGGUCGAGCCAUACCUUAUCGAACUUCUGCCUUCGGUCCUUGCGGCUGUCAGUGAUAAGAUGGUCCCAGUCAAGAAUGCUGCAAAUGCUGCUGCUUUGGCCAUCGUCAAGGCUGUGAACCCAAAUGCUGUCAAGGCUAUCAUGCCUCCCGUUAUCAACUCAAUUCUCACCGCCCAAAAAUGGCAAGAAAAACAAACCGGCCUCAGCAUUAUAGAGGCUCUCGUCUCCUCAGCACCUACACAACUCUCAUUCCGAGUUCCAGAUCUCCUCCCAGUGGUCUCCGAGUCAAUGUGGGACACAAAGCCCGAGGUCAAGAAGAUGGCAUACGGCACAAUGGAGAAGAUUUGCGGUCUUAUCGUCAACAAGGAUAUCGAGCGAUUCAUUCCUGAGCUCAUCAAGUGUAUCGCCAAGCCAGAGAACGUCCCCGAGACUGUCCAUUUACUCGGUGCCACCACUUUCGUCACUGACGUUCACGAGCCCACCUUGGCCAUUAUGGUUCCUCUUCUCGAUCGCGGUCUUGCUGAGCGCGAGACUGCCAUCAAGCGAAAGUCUGCCGUCAUUGUCGACAACAUGUGCAAGCUUGUCGAGGAUCCUCAAAUUGUUGCUGCUUUCUUGCCAAAGCUGAUGCCUGGUCUUACCAAGAACUACGAGAACUUGGCUGAUCCCGAGGCUCGUGAGAAGACUAAGCAAGCUCUCGAUACCCUUGUCCGUGUCGGUGCUGUCAAGGAUGGCAAGAUUCCUGAGGUUUCCCAUGCAGGUGACAUCUCCACCGUCCUUGCUAUUCUCAAGCAGAUCCUUUCCACCAAGCACAAGGAUGCUGUCGCCAAGUUUGAGCCAGUCCUCGCGUACGUUUCUGCCAUCGCAGGCCAACUGAUCGACGAGAAGGAUACCGACCGAACUAGCUGGACUUCAAAUCUCAAGCCAUACAUCGCUGCCCUCAUUGGCGAGGCUGAUGCUUCGGGCAUUGUUGAUAGUCUCCGAACAAAGGCAUCUCCUGGUGCUGAGGCUGAAGAUGCCGAGGAGGCUGAUGACGAGGAGGGAGAGGAUCUUUGCAACUGUACAUUCAACUUGGCAUACGGUGCAAAGAUUCUGCUGAAUCAAACUCAUCUCCGCCUUAAGCGUGGGCAACGUUAUGGUCUUUGUGGUCCUAACGGUUCCGGAAAGUCCACUCUCAUGCGCGCCAUCAACAACGAGCAAGUCGAGGGUUUCCCCAAGAAGAGCGAGGUUAAGACAGUUUUUGUUGAGCACGAUCUUGAUUCUGCCGACACUGAGCAAACCACCAUUGCAUGGACCAUGAAGAAGCUUGCUGAGGUCGGUGUCAAGACUUCACAAGCGGAGGUCGAGAAGCAAUUGGGAGAGUUCGGCUUCACCCCUGAUAUGACUUCCAACCUGAUUACUGCUCUCUCUGGUGGAUGGAAGAUGAAACUGGCUCUUGCCCGUGCCGUCUUCGAAGCUCCAGAUAUUCUUCUUCUUGAUGAGCCGACUAACCACUUGGAUGUCAAGAACGUCAAGUGGCUUGAGGACUACCUCAUGAAGUCCCCCUGCACAUCCAUCAUCGUUUCCCACGACACUGGUUUUCUCAACAAUGUCUGCCAACACAUCAUCAACUAUGAGCGAUUCAAGCUCAAGCGUUAUCGUGGUAACAUCACCGAGUUCGUCAAGAAGUGCCCAUCUGCUCGCUCUUACUUCGAGCUCGGCGCUUCCGAGAUGGAAUUCAAGUUCCCCGAGCCCGGGUUUCUUGAGGGUGUCAAGACCAAGGCUAAGGCCAUUGUUCGUGUCUCAAAGAUGGCCUUCCAAUACCCAGGCACACCAAAGCCCCAGAUCUCCGACAUUUCUUUCCAAUGUUCGCUCGGUUCCCGUAUUGCUGUCAUUGGUCCCAACGGUGCUGGCAAGUCUACUCUCAUCAACGUUUUGACUGGUGAACUCAUCCCAACCGUUGGUGAUGUCUACACUCACGAAAACAUCCGUAUCGCCUACAUUAAGCAACACGCCUUCGCUCAUAUUGAUCACCACUUGGAGAAGACUCCUUCAGAGUAUAUUCAAUGGCGAUUCCAAACCGGCGAGGAUCGUGAAACUAUGGAUCGUGCCAACAAGAUCGUCACUGAUGAGGACGAGAACGCCAUGCAAAAGAUCUACAAAAUUGAAGGCAGUACCCGACGUGUCAUUGGCAUCCACUCCCGACGCAAGUUCAAGAACUCUUACGAGUAUGAAUGUUCGUUCGCCCUCGUUGAGAACCUUGGCCAGAAGAAUGAGAAGUCCACACCCAUGAUGACUGCCGACAACGCCUGGAUUCCUCGUACUGAAAUCUUGGCGUCCCAUCAAAAGAUGGUUGCUGAGGUUGAUCAGAAGGAGGCUCUUGCCAGUGGUCAAUUCCGACCUUUGGUCCGAAAGGAGAUUGAGGCUCAUUGUGCCAACUUCGGUCUCGAUGCUGAGCUGAUCUCUCAUUCGCGCAUGCUUGGUCUUUCUGGUGGUCAGCGUGUCAAGGUCGUCCUUGCUGCCUGCUCAUGGCAACGUCCUCAUUUGAUCGUUCUUGACGAGCCUACUAACUAUCUCGAUCGUGACUCUCUCGGUGCCCUUUCAAAAGCUCUCAAGGCUUUCGAGGGUGGUGUUAUCAUCAUCACUCACUCUGCUGAGUUCACAAAGGACUUGACUGAGGAAGUUUGGGCAGUGGUGGAUGGUAAGAUGACGCCCAGUGGACAUAACUGGGUGCAGGGACAAGGUUCUGGACCAAGAUUGAAGGGUGAUGAUGACGAAGAGGAAGAGAAGUUCGACGCCAUGGGCAACAAGAUCGUCUCAACAAAGAAGGCCAAGAAGCUCUCUUCUGCCGAAUUAAGAAAGAAGAAGAAGGAGCGCAUGGCUCGACGAAAGCGUGGUGAGGAGGUUUUCUCUGACGAGGAUGACUGAACGAGUGGAUAGAGAGGGUAGACGUCUAAAAUUCGAAAAAGGAUAGACUAUCGUCUGUUUUCGUAUUGGUCCGG